AUGAAGUUGCCAACGUGGAGUGUACCUUUUGCGUUGCGUUUGUUGUCUUUGGCAGGUUUAGCAUCAGCUGCCGGGGUCGACAAAGCGUUCACAGUGGGUUUCGGGCUCGGUUUCACCCUGUCGCCCGCUGUUGCCACUGAAAGUUUCAGUCUAGCACAGCCUCGACCUACAGAUGUCAGCCUCGAUGUUGAUUUCCUCGUUCAGGUCCAAAAUCACGAACUGCGCAUCCCCAUAAUGCCUUUACAUUUAUUAGGCCACAAGUCAUGGAACGUCUACAACAAGGAUAAUAUCGAGAAGGUUAAGCGCGAUGAAGCAGUCGCAAAGGCAAAGGAGGAGGCGGAAGAGGAGCGCAUGCAAGAGAUAGAUGCCGAACGACGGUUACAGUUACUGCGGGGCGAAGAACCUACGCCUUUACCUGAAGUCGAGGACAGGACCGACGAUGGCAAGACGAGCCACCGCGGGCCCGGAAGGGAGCGGAAGAGGAGGAAGAAGGCGGGCGAGAAUGAUACGGAUUUCGAAAUGCGGAUAGCUCACGAGCAGACAAUUUCGAAUUCAGACAGACAGAUGAUACUGCGAAAGCCUAUUGAUGCGCCGUUAGUAGAUCACACAGGCCACAUCAAUUUGUUCCCUGAAGAACGUCCGAAUAAAUCCACGGAGAAGAACGCAGAAGCCGAGAAGGAACUGGCGAAGAAGAAGAAAGAAUAUGAGGACCAAUAUACUAUGAAGUUUUCGAACGCGGCGGGAUUCAAGCAAGGCUUGGAGAAUCCAUGGUAUUCUAAAGUGGGCGCCUCGAAGGAAGUCGAGGAAGACUUACCAGGCAAAGACGUAUGGGGGAAUGAAGACCCAAGACGAAAGGAAAGACAGGCGGCGAGGAUUGUAUCCAACGACCCGCUCGCCAUGAUGCGUCAAGGUGCAGCACAGGUGCGGCAAGUGGAAAAGGCGAGGAAGCUUUGGCGUGAGGAAAAGGAGAAAGAGAUGGGUGAUCUAAUUGAAUCUGAGGAGAGAAGGAAGAAGCAUAAGAGGAAAUAUAGAAACGACGAUGAUGAUUUGAAGGAAUUUAGAUUGGAUAAGACUGAGAAUAGCUCUCUUAGGAAGAGGGAUGAUGAGCGAGAGGGAAAACAUCGACACAGGCAUCGAAGCUCUCAUGAUGAGGAAGAUAGGAGGCAUAGGCACAAGCAUAGGCGCCACCAUCAUAAAUAG